AUGACCUAUAACAGUAUAACACACUUCGUAGACAAUGAAUUGAAUCAAAUUGAAAACCUAGGAGAAAUAAAUAUCUUCUUGAAAGGAAAUCCCUUGCAAUGUUCUUGUAAAGCUUUACAAUUUUUAAAGUGGUUCGGUCAAACAAAACGAGUACCGGAUAUUUUGGAUUUGAAAUGUGUAACCGAAAAGGCAUCUCGUACGUUUUUAAUUGAAGUUAUUGCCGAUCUGCGGAAAUUUGAGAUUUCUUGCAAAACUAAAGUCUGGUUGCCGGUUGCUGUCUUUAUAACCUCCAUUAUCAUAGUUGCUAUGAUAUUAAUCUUUAUAUGUUUUCGAUAUAAAUAUGCUCUUGAGUACUUUUUAUUGAGAUGGAAAAUGAAAAUGAAAAAUUACAAAAAAUUGAAGCAGGAGUAUACUUAUGAUACUUUUAUAUCAUACAGUCAUACAGAUGUGGAAUGGGUAAAACAGUUCUAUGACAAGUUGAAUAGUAUGGGGUUUGAAUUAUGUCUGGACGCCAAGACGUUUAUUGCUGGUAACGGUAUAGCGGAAAAUGUUAUAGAUGCAAUCGAUUCCAGUAGAAAGGUUAUAUUUAUUCUAACUCACAAUUUCUUAAAGAGUUCUUGGGGGUCAUAUAAAAUGGAAUUGACACGUAUGCAUGCCUUUCAGAAAGGAAGAGAAGACAUGGUGAUUAUUGUUGUAAUGGAUAAGAUUAUAGUUAGUGAUAUGCCAGAAAUAAUGAAAAGUAUGUGGUUUAAAAUUAUAUGUAUUCAAUGGCCAAACGGUGGCAAUCUACCGUACAAUACAGAGGAAUGUUUUUAUGAGAAGUUGAAAAUUUCCCUAAAAAAGAAAGAACAAAACGAGGAUGAAAUCAGGGCUUUAGUUAUCUAGAAUUUUUUUAAUUGCAUAAUUCAAAAGCAAAACCUCAAGUAAAAAUGAAUAAUAAUGAAACAUGCUGAUGAAAUUGAUGUUAAAGUAUAUAUAGAUAUGUAAUAAAAAUCCUAACAGUUUGCCUGUAGAAAUGUGGAAACAAUUUGAUUUUCAUCUAUGUAUAUAAUGUGUAUUAUUCAAAUUAUUAAAAUGUAUAAUGUUUGUAAAGUAUCAUAUGUUUUAAAAUGGAGUAGAUAUAGUCAAUAUCGUAUCUGAUGAUGAGUUAUACAGAUACAGAUAUGGUG